AGAGUGUCAACAGCAGUACAGCCAGCAGAACUGUCCGAAGCAGGGAGGGGGAGUAAAGAGGCAGUUUAAACGUCCGGACGUUUGAGAUGGGGGACGAUCGACCCUUUGUCUGCACUGCCCCUGGGUGUGGGCAGAGAUUCACUAAUGAAGACCACCUGUCAGUGCACAAACACAAACAUGAAAUGACAUUAAAAUUUGGUCCCACCAGGACAGACUCUGUGAUUAUUGCAGACCAGACCCCCACCCCCACACGUUUCCUGAAGAAUUGUGAGGAGGUUGGUCUAUUCAAUGAACUAGCCGGCUCCUUUGACCAGGAGAUAUGCAAAACGCAUGAAGAUGAGCAAAGAACAAAACACACUGCUGCACCAUUACAAACUCCAUCUGAAAUAAAAGACGAGGAAGAGGAUUCUUUACAAGUUGAUUCGUCCCCUCCUGAAAGUCCUGACUCUUCAUCCAGCAUGUCUGAAAACAGCAGAGACUCAAGGGAGAUUCUCACAAAACCUUUGGCUAUUUCUGCUCCCACUUCAACUAUUGUACGUCCAGGUUCUCUUCCCCUUCACUUAAGUAAUGACCCACUACAGCCGACUCUGCCUUCUCCAACGUCUGUAAUCACACAAGCUCCACCUUCCAACAGGCAGCUUGGAUCUCCCACAAGUGCAUAUCCACUGGUGAGGCACCUCCCUAAUGGGCAGACUGUCCCUCUUUUGCCCAGCCCAGUGCAGUUAACCUCAGUUAUAUCUCUUGCGAGGCCAGUGAACACAGUGCCUAACAUCCCCGGGAUUCCAGGACCCCCUGUUGGAGGAGUCAGUAGUGGUUCAUCCUCCCCGUCCGGAUAUGGCCUUCACACUGAGACCAAGAUACGACUUAAGGCAGCUCUGUCUCAUCAAGGCCCGGGAGCACACGAUGGAGCAGGUGGUGGAUCAGGAUCCAUCCCUGCUAUCCCCCAGAGGCAGGAACAGAGCCAACAGCCCUCUCAGAAUUCUGAUGCCCCAUCACCUGCACAACCACAGGUGUCCCCUGCUCAGCCAACAGGGGGUCGGCGGCGGCGUGCCUCGGAGAUGGACCCAGACGAGAGGAGGCAGCGCUUUCUGGAAAGGAACCGGGCCGCUGCUUCGCGCUGCCGACAGAAACGGAAGCUGUGGGUCAACUCUUUAGAGAAAAAGGCAGAGGACCUGGCCAGCAUGAACGUCUCAUUAACAAAUGAAGUAACUCUUUUAAGGAACGAGGUGGCUCAGCUGAAACAGCUCCUCCUGGCUCACAAAGACUGCCCCGUCACUGUCAUGCAGAAGAAGGCGGUUUUCCUCGCUGCAGGAGGAGACGAGGCCUGCAGGGACGUCUGCACGGAACCCAUCGGCUCCCCGGCUGCAGUCAUCCAGCGCGGGCCGUCGCCCYCCGCCUCGGCUCCCAGCCCCGUGGCCACCAUCAACGGGCUGAGCGUUCGCGCCGCAGAGGCCGUGGCCAUGUCGGUCCUGGCCGGCAUGGGGUCGGGUCACCCGGGAGGGGUUGUCAUGGCAACGCAGUCGCAGCCAACUACAAGAUGAUGUGUGUGUGUGGGGAGGGAAACAAAAAAUAACUUAAAAAAAGAAAAGKUUGACCAGAAUGAACUGGAGUGGCAUUUAAAGGCCGGACUGGUGCAAAGUGUGUAGUGAAGAGGGCCCCACCCUCGCCACAUAACUCAGAUACCUUCUCCUCUCACAGCUUAUGAUAAUCACACACAAACAAAACGCAGUUUCUCCGUCAGCCCCCCCUCCACUUCCAGCUGGCUUCCUCUCCACCGGAUCGCCGUCACUCUGCAUAUGUAAAUAUGGAAAACAUGUUGAACACUCAUUCUGCAGGGUUCUAGGCUGUUCUUGUCAUGUUGGAUUAGGUUUUAGAUCUGGAAGAAAUUUAUUUUAUUUUUUCCUUUAAUUGUUGGUUUUUAGAUCAGGAAGCAGCAACAAUCAAAGUCGUUCCCACACACUGGCUGUGAUGAGGUUUGUUUCUUUCCAGGCUGGCUAUUUUACUGUAAAAAUAAUGCUCUUUUUUUAUUUGUUAAAAAAAAGGUUGUCUUCUUUUUUUUUAUUCCUAAGAUAUGAUGUUCAUGUGAUGUUUUCUUUGUGCUGUUAAACUAUGGUGAGCUAUUGGCUGGCUGCCGUGUUUGUUUUUUACUUCCUUUUUGUUCUGUUCUGUAAUUUUACAUUUUCCUUUGAUUUCUUCAUAAAUACACUCAACAGUUUAGUCAGCAGAGUUCAUAACAAAUUGUAGAUGUGCACUGUUUAGGCUGAGAUUGUGUGACCAUCUUUUAAUCCAUUUAGAGCGAAUGUCAUAUUAGUCUUUUUUUAAACAAACCCUAUUGACUGCAUGGAUUUUGCAAGACUAAACAAAUACCACUGUUUGUACGUAACCCAUUAUAAAAUCACUGUUCUGUUUUGUGACAUCAAGUUACCGAUGCCAAAAAUAAGUACUUGUAUGAAGAUUUCAUCCACAGGCCUAAUGUACCGCACUUACAACAGAUAGUCUUUUAGGAGACAUUUGAAUGGUAAUCAAACAAUAGACUUUACGUCCUAUACCCAACCAUUGCAGUUGUGGAAAGAGUAGUGCAAUAUAUUUUUCUUUUCUUUUAAAUUAAUGUACUUUCUUUGAGCUGAUGUGUAGUGUUGAGAGAGGUUUGGUCUGUUUCAGUCAGAAGCUGUAGUUAUAAGGUGACCAAAGCAAAUGUAAAGACAGGUUUUAAUGGGUUAAUUAGUGCACAUGUAGUUGCAGAUGUUCUGUUGUUGAGGGCUUUUCACCAUAAAACAAAAAGUCUUUUAUCGUAAAGCAGACCUCAUACUUUGUGCAAGGUGCUUUUCAUGUUUUUUUAUAACAAUAUCUCCCAUCUUGUUUUUCUUUUCCACUUGUCACUCUUUUUUUCUCCAUUCUCAACUUUUAACAGAUUGUACUUUUCUCUAUGGAAAUCAUGUGCCCUUACAUCCUCUGUGUACCCAUAAUUUGUUGAGUAAAGGUCUUUAUUUUAUUUUUAUUUUGUAUUUUUAACUGAGGCUGAACUACAUGGGGGGUAACAAACAUGUAUUGGAGGUGAGUUUGCCCAUUACUCAGGCUUCAAGAUGGGAAGAAAUACUUGUGUAAAAUCUCAACUAAUUAAUGAGUUGUCUCAGACAAAAAAUAAAAUAAAACUAGCAGCUA